AUGGCAUCUGUAUUUCGAAAACCGGCGGACGCCGAUAGAAACGUCAAGGCAACGCUAUACGUGGGCAAUCUUGACCCUCAGGUCAACGAGGCUCUUCUAUAUGAACUUCUCAUACAAUUUGCACCAAUCAGAUCAUUGAACCUACCAAAAGAUAGAGUGCUGGGUACUCAUCAAGGGUAUGGAUUCGUAGAGUUUAGGGGCAUUGAAGACGCAAAUUAUGUUUUGGAAAUACUAAGAGGGGUCAGACUAUAUGGAAAGUCCCUUAAACUACGCCGGGCAGACCCUAAUUCUCGAGGAGCAGCUGGUACUACUUCUAAUUUUGCCAACAAUAAUUCCGUAACCAAUGCCGUUGAUGUUGGAGCCAAGCUAUUUGUGGGCAACUUGGACCCAUUGAUUGAUGAACAAUACUUGCAUGAGACAUUUUCCAAGUUUGGAACCAUGGUUAGACCUCCAGUGGUUAUAAGAGACUCUGAAACUGGCGAGUCAAAACGUCAUGGAUUUCUUACUUUUGGUGACUUUCAAACGACAGACUCAGUCAUAGAGAAAAUGAAUGGAGCAGUGCUUAUGAACGCGCUGAUUUCCAUCGACUAUGCAUUCAAAGAAGACCCUGCUAAUUCAAAUCAAAAGCGAAUACGCCAUGGUGACAAGGUGGAAAGAAUGCUAGCUGCCAACGUUUCGAGUGCAAAUUAG